CUCCGCGGCUUCCAAAGUGACGUCACAGAGUCACAUGAUCACAACACAGGAUUUUACCGCGAAACCGUUCCCUGGCUCAGCGGAUUUAUUGCCGGUGGUUUAGCGGUUCCGUUGGGUUCUGUUGGGUUCUGUUGGGCGUGUCGGUGGACCUCGGCUCCAGGAUGUUCUGUGAGAAAGCCGUGGAACUCAUCCGGGAGCUGCACCGGAUGACCGACGGCCAGCUGCCCGCCUUUAACGAGGACGGUGUGAGGCAGGUUCUGCAGGAAAUGGAGGCUCUGUACGAACAGAACCAGGCUGACGUGAACGAAGCGAAGAGCGUCGGCCGCGCUGACCUCAUCCCCUCCAUCAAGCUGCGCCACUGCUGCCUGCUGAGGAACCAGCGCUGCGUCGUGGCCUACCUGUACGACCGGCUGCUGAGGAUCCGAGCGCUGCGCUGGGAGUACGGCAGCGUGCUGCCCGCCAACAUCCGCUUCCACAUGUCUGCAGAGGAGGUGCAGUGGUUCGGUCAGUAUAAAAAGUCUCUGGCCUCCUUCAUGCGCUCCAUCGGGGGAGAAGAAGGCCUGGACAUCACGCAGGACAUGAAGCCUCCUAAGAGCCUGUACAUCCAGGUGAGGUGCCUGAAGGACCACGGAGAGUUCGAGAUUGACGACGGGACGGUGAUCCUGCUGAAGAAGAACAGCCAGCACUUCCUGCCGCGGUGGAAAUGUGAGCAGCUGAUUCGCCAGGGCGUUCUGGAGCAUGUGAUGUCCUGAUGUCCAGCAGAGAAGUUGUCCCUGAACGCCUCGUGGCCUUGUUGUCCACCUUUGUACAAAUAAAGUUUGCUUUUUCUAACCUC